CUUGCUAUAUAAUGUUAAUAUACUAUCUUUUUUUGGAGUACGCUUCGAGUGAAGGGAGUUUGGAGUAUUUUCAAUUUUUUUGGAUGUUCCCUCCAGUUAGAUAAGCGCCUUCAAUUUCUUCCCGAGAAAGUUAUAUGAGGAUAUUGACAUUAAGGAUACCUCCAACCUGUUUUAGGUUAUACGACACUUCAAAUUUUCAAAAUACUGAAAUUAAGGUUAAGGUUCACAUUAUCGUUGUAUCUCCGAGAGCUUCGUGUGCAUGAAAAGUCAGCAAUUCCCAAAUAUCUACUUUAAAACUUUUAAAGGCACAGUUAUAAACGAUUUGACAACGCAAGAAUAGUAAUUGUCUAAUUAAUAUUGUCAAUAUAUUUUAAGACACUCAUUUAGAACGUACAUACCUUUGCUGUCAUGUUAAAGAUUCUGCGAUACGCACUUUGAGAAUAACCUUAAAGUCACUUGACUUGUAAAAAUAAUAUGACGAGAGAUUGAUUAAAUCCUUUGAGGGAUCAAGGAAUACGAAAGACUGGAGAAGCCGAUUUAAUUUGUCAACGUAACAAGAUAUUCGAGAACGUAAGAUUGAUUAAGACGAUAUUCAUCAAAUAGUAAUUGAUAUUUGAUGCUUAUAUAAAAUUCUUGUUCUGCAUAUAAUUAAUUAAUUAUAAACUUUCAUGAUGGUAAUCGCAGAUUGCAAUAUGACUAAAAACGUGGAUGUUGUAUCAGAAGAGAUUGACGAGUUGAUGUUACGUAAAUUAGAAUUGAUGGAGGAGAAAGUUUAUGGGAAUAUUCAAAUGGAAACGUUGCUGAAAGAUGGCCACAUUGAGUUGGCAAAAGCAAAAUAUAUUCGUGGAAAGGAGAAUAUCAGUAUGUUACAGGUUCCAAAUAAUGAAGACACAGUGACAUCCUUGUUUGACUUGGAGACUAAAACAACAAAUGAAGAUAAUGAUACUGUGCCAAGUUUUGACAUCAGUUUUAAAAAGUUAAGCGAUGACGCAGAUGGACCAGGGGACCCUAUAAAAUGGUUCGGUGUUCUGGUCCCGCAAAACUUGAGAAACAGUCAGAAACGUUUCCAGGAAUCCGUCUAUCUUGCUGCAAAGAUAGCAAAUGUACAGGCAGAGCUUACUUCCGUGAUCUCCAAAAUUAAGACGUUACAUAUCCAAAAAGAUAAUUUAUGUUCUCCAAAUGGUAUUAAAACUUAAUCGAUAAACAAAAGUUUUUAGAAAUUUUGUUAUAUAAUUAAAUACUCAAUGGAGUAAUGAAUGUUAUGUUAUAUACAAAUUUAAUUUUUGAGUAUCUGUAUGAAAACAGUCAAUUUUUUAAUGUGUAAUAUAUUAAACAUUAAAACAAUUAUAAUAUAUUUAUUUCAAUAUAUAAAAAAUAUAGCUCAUUUGUUGUAACAAUCAUAACUCAAAAAUUGUCUUUUUUGAGUUGCUUACAGAAAAAGAAUGGAAACAGAAAAAAAAGAAUACUUUAAAAGAACAUAACUUUUAUUUCUCUACAAUAAUUUAUUCCAAAAUUACAUUUCAAAGUUAAUAUUGCAAAAUUUUAAUGAUUUAAAAAAUUGAAAUUUAUUUUCUAGAAAACUUUUUUUGAGUUGUGUCAUUGUUGCAGCAAAUGAAUAAGUAGAAUUAAUUGUAGAUAUAAUGUAUCUAGGAUUUUGUUUAUAAUUUUCAAUAUUUUUUGAAAUAUUAUUUCGCAUUUUAUGUACAACACUAAUAUAUAAGAAUUCUAAAAACUACAUUACUAAAACAAUUUUAUUUUGUUGAUUUAUUUUAUCGUAUUGAGUUAAAAGAAUAAUAAAAAUAUACAGAUUAUAUUAAUGUUACUUAAUUAUAAGCACACAAAAUUAAAUCUGCAUAAUCAGAUACAAAAAAUUUGUUAAAAUAUUUUUUUUUUUCUCAAGGACGAACGGAAUCUUAAUUCGCAUAGGAACACAAAUUUAUUUUAACGAUAGAGAUAUAUUUCGUAUCACACUAUUUUCUUCUUGUAAAAUCUAGAAUGAGCUGAGAUUAGAAUUAUAUUUAAUUAGUUU